ACAGCGAUAAAACUAAAAUCUCCGUUCUGCGAGAUAUCAUCGUCGUAGCAUAAUAUUCGCAGAACCUGUAAACUACGAGAUUGCAGUUUUUUGCCAUCUGUGUAGCUGGUCAUCGCUAUCCGCUUUCUGCAGAUUGUUUUUCUUCUUUCCGGUAUAUAAAUGGUUUAAAGUUCGUACGCGAAAGUGAAGUGUUUUCCGGUGAUUACGAGUUGAUAUCUUCCAACAGGCACUACUGCCAGUGUAUUAGAUUUAAUUUUCAUAUCAGCGCUAGGAGAAAUGUCAUUUGCCGAACGACUAGCCGGGCUGAUGGUCCGUCCCGGCCAGGACAACGUACCCCGCGAUGAUGUCCCGUGGCAUCUGAAGUACGGCGGACGCGCCGUGGGGAUUGUGGGUGGAUUCUUCGCCGUCCUGUUCGGACUAUACAACUGCAUCGGUAUUCUGCUCGGCGAUGUCGGGUGUCUUGUCGGAGGCAUCCUGGAAAUACUGGCUGGUUUCGUGGUACUGGCCAUAGAGGCACCGUUUUGCUUCAUUUUCAUCGAUUAUGUUCAGCAGGUGGCAGAAAAAGCUGAUCAGCGGCCGUACUGGAAUCGAGCCGCUCUUUACUGCAUUAUUGCUCUUCCACCGGUCAUCCUGUGCUUGGGGUUGGGAAGUUUAUUCGGCUGCGGUCUCAUCUUCGUCACCGGAAUGAUCUACGGUAUGAUGGCGCUCGGCAAGAAAGCGUCAUUCGCGGAAAUGCGAGCGGCGGCGGCAGCGGCAACAGCGGCAUCGUCCGCUGAACAGGGUCGGAGCGGAAGCAGCGGAGCGACAAACCUAGCCCAGCCAGGUGGUAUCUCGAACAGCAAACUAAAUUCGACCCUGGUGAACAAUGUGCAACCGAUCGCGUACAGUAUGCCUCCACCUUACGAUAGUGUAGCAUAAGAAAAGAUCCUUUCGUAGCCUGGCAAAAGCGCUAACCUCCUACCACCCUUCCAUUUCCGGCGCGUCUGAUGAACCCUCCAAAAACUGAUGAAAUAAAAAGAAAGUUGCAUAUUAUAUAAAUUAUAAUGUCCUCCGUUGAAUUAGUUCCGUUUUUGUUUAUUUUAUGUUAACACGUGCUCAUUGGUCUCUGCGGGAAAUUACGGCAAAGCUGCACUUAUUAUCUUAAUAGUUGCAAACCGUGUCGUUCGUUAGCGGAACUUACUGAUAGCCUAAUUAUUGAUGAUUGUAUUACGCUAGACUGUGUAUUAGUGAAAGAUACAAACUUGCUGUACAUUUUCACGCAUUUUGUGUAAAUUUUAGUAUACAUACUUGGUUUCAAAACUUUAAACAUUGGCCCGAUUCAAGGAACGGAUAGAUUAAAGGACUUACUAUAAAAGUAAUCAGCUAUCGAUCGUCAAACUGUGAGAUAUAUCAAAUUUAGUUAGCCGAACUCUAUUUAUUACUUGACUUGACCUCCAGUGCAUCGAGGAAAGACGAUUAUUUUUUUGAAUGUUUGUUAGUCAAUAGUUUUCCGCAAUAAGCAAAAAAAUCGGAGCGAAUGUACAGUGGUUACAUAUUUUAGUGUGCGAGUAGUAGUAAAUUAUGACAAUCUCGUCAUAAGUAUCAAAUAUAUUCUACAUUAUAAUUAAGACUGGCAGUGAAAAAGAUUAAGUAAACCUUUUGGAUUAAAAGCUGUAUAGCUUGGUUUUUAUUGUUUUUUUUUUCUCAUACGAACAUUCCUAAAUUACUUUGUCUGAAUUUUGUGAGAUUGUCAUCUGUCUUUGAAAUAGUGAAACAAUUCGAGUAUAGGUUGAUUUAUAAGAUUUCCCUUAAAAGUAAAUUUUCUACAUAAUUACAUACUGUUUUGUUGUAUUGUGAGGCUACAUAUCAAUGCGUUUUAUUUUUUCGCACUUUCACGAGAAAUAGAAGUCCCAAAUAAUGAAAAUAUCGUUCUUAUUUUGUCCAGAAGCUAUUUGCUCAUUCGAGACACAUAAAGAGCAUGAGUGUUGUCCUACGAUACUUGAAACAAGACACCAUCGAUGAAAAAACAGGCCAAUCAACACAUCAAUUCAAAACUAGAAUAACUGGAAACACGAAAUAUGAACCAGCAACCCAUUGGUGCGGAUUUCAUUUAACAAGCAGCCACCACAAACCGAAACGUGGGCCAAUUCGUGUUUUGUUGCAUUCAGACGCAUCGAGAAAAGACACACGUCAUAAGCAGAAGCUCCGGUUGUAGAGGCGUAAGCUACAAAUAUACGCACGAUAGGUAAGAAAGACCGGGUAACGUGUCUUGUAGAGUUGUUUGAAAGCAAAACGAUAAACAAAAAGCAAAGAGAAAAUGUCUAAAACGAAUGUAAAGCUAUAAUAGGAAUCAUUAAAAGCUAUUAAAGUAUAUACAUGUGUGUAAAAGUUCAAUAAGUGAAGCAAACAAAGAAAUAGAAUGAUGCAAAGGCAGAAUAAAUCAUUAUGUAAAGAUAUUAUAUUUACAUAAUAUAUUUAUUGUGUAUAUGAAAUGAUAAUAAACAAGAUAACAGACAUUGAACCCACGAGAA